AUGGCGGCAACAGCAGUGCUCGUGUGACGGGCUGUCUCUUCUAGGAAACUCACUUCUGUUGUCAAAUAAAUAGGUGGUAACUCAAUCAGACAAGAUGCCAGAGCAGAGCUGCUUUAAACAGGUAGAUGAGAAGCAUGUGUCUGCAAAGGUGAAGCACAUGAUAUGGUCCCCAAAGAUGGACCUCAUCUCCCUGGCUAAUGAACAAGGGGAGGUGAUAUUAUACCGAUUGUCCUGGCAGAAAGUCUGGUCCCUACCCCCACCGGCCGAGGGCGUAACUGUGUCAGCGUUGGCAUGGCGACCUGAUGGCAAAGUUGUUGCUGUGGGUUACACCAGCGGUAAAUUGAUCCUGUGUGACGUAGAAAACUCAGAUGUCCUUCAUAGCACGGUGAUUCAAGGGCAGAUAACUCACAUGAGCUGGAUUUCUCACAAUCUACCAGAGGAUGGAGAGGCCUGGUCUAGUAAACCUUACCCAGAGGACACUUCUGAGACAUUUCUCCCCAAACUACAACCGCUCAACAAAAGUUAUGGCACUCUAGCAAAAGAACACAGGUAUGUCCCGUCUUUUUGCUGA